UUCAAGAAACCCCAUCAUUUUACAACAACAAACCCCCCAUUCUUUCAUCAUCACUCAUCAAUCCCAAAACCCCCCAUCACUCCAUCUUCAUUCAUAUACACUUCAAAUCCCACAAACAAUCUUCAACAAACCAAAAAAAAAAAAAAUAGAAAAAUGGUCUACACAUACACACCCACAUACUACUCAUCUCUCCAAGACUCAAUAACCUCCAUCUGCAAAAACAUCCUUCCCUUCUCCUUCAAGAAGCGUCGCUUGCCCGCUAUCGCAGCCGCUGAGCAGCGCCUGUGGAAGCAACAGUCCGAUAAUUUAAAGUGGCAGCAGGAGUCUUUCCAUCAGAUUUUAAAUUUGAUGGGGUUGUUUAAAGAGGGGAUUUUGGCUGAGGGGGAGGUUUCAGCGUUUCGGGCGCAUCUUCUUGAUACGCUUGUUUCUUCGCCGUAUGAUCAUGAGCAGCCGGUGAUUUUGAGGGAUAAGUUGAUUUUCUUGCAGGAGUUAUUGUAUGCAAACUGCAUAUCAGAAGAAGAGUAUCAUACAUCAAAGACUCCAUUGUUGCAAAGACUAACAGCUCAAGGAGUCAAAAUUGACCCAAAAGAUAUAGUUCUUGCUGGACCUCAACAAAAGAACCAAAACGACGAAUGGUCAGUAAUCGAUCUAAACGAUUCAGGUGCAAAAAACAAGUCAAAGCAACAAAAGUCAACCAUCAAACAAGUCAAAGGAGUUGCAUCAGUUUUCGGUCUAUCAUCAUCAUCAUCAAACAAAAACGGAAAAGACAAGAAUGUUUCCGAUAUGGGUAUUCAAAAUCUUGCAAUAUCUCAAGAGAACCCGUUUUGGAACUGCGAAUUAAAAGAAAAAGAAGACGAAAAACCAACGAUUUUAAUGCAAGAAAGUGUCGUGAUUGAGGAGUCAGCGAAAAAGUCAAAAAGGAAACCGUUUAAGGCGCUUGACGGGUUUAUGAAAUGGAAAAAGAGUGAUGAUUUAGAGAAAGAUACGGUUCCAUUGUCGUUAAAUGAUUCGGUUAACGAAGCUUAUAGCAUACGCGAGGGGACAGAUUCUAAAAUCAAGAGAAAACUGCAUACAGAUGGUUCAUCCUCUGAUUUCUUUGUUGAUAAGGUUUUAGCUGAUAAAAUUAAGCAGGAGCUAAUGAAAACCAAAUCAGAACUUCAGUUAUCGGAUGAUCAAAUCGAAGUGAUUUCAACUCGGCUUCCGAUAGACAAAGCUGACCUUAAAAAGUUCUUCCCCAAGAAAUGGUGUGAUCAGUAUGGAGAAACUGUGUUGGAAGUGGUGAGAAAAGAGUUUAAGGAUCACGUUAACGAGAUCAAGAACAUGUCGAAUUCUGCGAUGAAGAAGAAAGAGCUGAAAAUUGCUGAGGAAAAAUGGACAACUUUUGAUGAUAUUGAGGAUGAUGAAAACUGUCAUCCGAAUCUUUUUGCUGAUCAGGCUCAGGUUACAUCUGGAUCCCAGAAAGAGGAUCGAAGCGUUCGGGUUUCUAAAGUUAGAAACAGUUCAGAUAGGUUGUUUAAGAACAACCCUUUCUUUGAUUACUAGGCCAAGAUGUGAAGUUGGCUCUUGUGUUAUAUGUUCUUUUGUUGAUGUUGUUAAGUGGUUUAUGUGAGGGUUUUAAGAACUAGUUUUUUAUCUAUAUAUGUAUUGUUGAAUUAUGUCUAGAUUUUCAGUAUUUCUCUGGAAAUAAACUUGAAAUUUGUUAGUUAA